CCUUUUGUUUAUGGAUAUAAUCUACAAAACAGGCAUUCCUUUUCCUCCCAACACCCCCAGAGCUGUAUCACCAGCUCCUGGGCCUCCCUCUAUACUCUUCCUUAUAUAGCCUCCAUUAAUUCUCUCCGCCUCAGCCCCUCAAACUUACCUGCCUCUAACUGCAAGGUUUCUGAGAUCGAUCGAGCUGCGCCCGAAAAGGAGUCUUCCGAGUGGGAGCUGACCGAGGAGGAGAGCGAUGGGGCAGCAGUUCGGCGACACAACGCUGACCAAAGUGUUCGUCGGCGGGCUGGCGUGGGAGACCCAGAAGGAGGCGCUCCGCGAUCACUUCCAGCGGUACGGCGAGAUCCUCGAGGCCGUCAUCAUCUCCGACAAGAUCACCGGCCGAUCCAAGGGCUACGGCUUCGUGACGUUUAAGGAAGCGGAGGCAGCGAAGAAGGCGUGCGAGGACGCGACGCCGAUGAUCAACGGCCGCCGCGCCAACUGCAACCUCGCCUCUCUCGGCGCCAAGCGCAGCGGCCUCCGCCCAUCUCCUCCCUCCACUCCGGCGCCGCUCCCCACCCACGCUCACCACCCCCCGCCUGGGAUGGUGGUGGUAUCAAGGGGCGUGUCGCCGGCAGCGCAGUGGUACUAUCCCCCCACCUCGGGGACGCCGCCACCGCCGUCGCCGUUCCAGCUCCAACACUACCACGGCGUCGUCCCCUUCUACGCCACCGCCGCUUACGGGUACUCCCCCAAUUACGUGACAGACUUGGGUUACAAUGCGCAGAAGCUGAGCCACGGUGGCGGUGGUGGCGGAGGAGGAGGAGGAGGAGGAUACUUCCAGGGGCAGUUCUCUUACCCAGCACAAGGUGGGAUGGUUGCUCCUCAUGGAAUGCUGCCGGUGUACCCACUGUAUCACCUCCAGAAUCAGCAGGGCAUGGGCGUGCCCGCCCACUUCUUCCCUCCCGCAGGUGCUGCAAUGACUACCAUUCCCACCAUCAUCUCCAAGCCCACCGUCAUCCCUCCUCCAGCCACUGUCUGUGUGGCAGUGGAACAAGUCAAAGGAAGCAGCUGAAUGGAUCAUCAAUAGAGGCAGCUCAACAAGACCGUCAUGUUCUGCACAUCUGCGCAAGUGUUCUUUCAUUCGUUCCAUUGGAUCCAUCAGGGAUUCUUUGAUUCUCUCUAACCUGCAUCGCUGUGAUGCGCCAAUCUGUAACAAAAGCAUUUUUGUUUACCAACUUAUUUUAUGGUAAACUCUUGAUGGGUUUAAGUCAAACUGGUCUUUCUUGCUGAA